AUGAACGGCUUCGCGCCUCCUUUCCCCCAGCCGGCUUCGGCCUGGCAAGAGCACAAGACGCCUGAAGGCCGAGCCUACUAUUACAACAAUGUUACCAAGGUGACGCAAUGGACCAAACCGGAGGAGAUGAUGAGCCCGGCAGAGCGCGCUCUGCAGUCCCAACCAUGGAAAGAGUAUACCGCAGAAGGGGGUCGCAAGUAUUGGUACAAUACCGAGACGCAGCAGAGCUCUUGGGAAAUGCCUGAAGCAUACAAAAAGGCUCUAGGUUCGACUGGUGGGCCGAGCAACCCCGUUCCCCAGACUACUCCAUACACGCAGGGCGGCGAACCCUUCCCCGAAUCUCGCCAGUUGACGUAUGGAAAUGAAUCCAAGUCACAGCAAGCCUUCGUCCCCGCCACGAAUGACCCAGAAUAUGCCACUCUCGAAGAGGCCGAGGCAGCCUUUGUUAAACUGCUGAAACGAAGCGGCGUCCAGCCGGACUGGACUUGGGAGCAGACCAUUCGUGCCAUUGCUCGGGAUCCGCAGUUUCGGGCUAUCAGGGACCCAAAAGACAGAAAAGAAGCCUUCGAGAAGUACUGCCAGGAUGUCAUCCUCCAAGACAAAGAGCGUGCCAAAGAGAGGCUGACCAAAUUGCGUGGUGACUUCGAGACGAUGCUGAAGCGGCACCCCGAAAUCACCCACUACACUCGAUGGAAGACGGCUCGACCCAUGAUCGAAGGAGAGACCAUUUUCCGUUCCACCAAUGAUGAGGACGAGCGCCGACAGCUCUUUGAGGAGUAUAUCAUCGGACUUAAGAAGGCUCACAAAGAACAGCAGGCUAGCCAGAAGAAGAGUGCCAUGGACGGCCUGAUCGACUUGCUCCCCAAGCUCAAUCUCGAGCCUUACACUCGCUGGGCGGAUGCUAGAGAUAUCAUCUCUGCCACCCCGACUCUCCAAGAAAAUGAAAAGUAUAGAACCCUCAGUCAAUUUGACAUAUUGACUGCUUUCCAAAAUCACAUGAAAGGUUUGGAGCGAGCCUUCAUUGAGUCUAAACAGGAGGAGAAGAGUCGAAGAUUCCGCAAGGAACGCAAGGCCAGAGAUGCUUUCAAAUCUCUACUAGAUUCCCUCCGCAAAGAGGGCAAGAUCAACGCCGGCACCAAAUGGAGUCAGAUUGUUCCUCUUAUCGAGAGCGACGAACGCUACCUCAACAUGGUUGGUCAGGUCGGAUCUACCCCUCAAGAGCUAUUUUGGGAUGUGGUGGAAGAGGAAGAGCGGUCGCUUCGCGGCCCUCGUAAUGAAGUACUCGAUGUCCUCGAAGAUAAGCGGUUUGAACUCACCCCAACUAGUGAUCUUGAGGAGUUUCUGUCCAUCAUGAAAGAUGAUCACCGUACGGCUAACAUUGAUCGUGACACGCUCAAACUUAUUUUCAAUCGCCUGCGUGAGAAGCGCGCCUCGAAGCGCGAAGAUGAUAGACAGCCGGAUCGACAGCAACGUCGGGCCAUUGAUGAUCUUCGUGCGCAUAUUAAGCGUCUGGAGCCGCCAGUCACGCUGAGCGAUACAUAUGAAAAGGUACGACCUAGACUACUGAAAUCAGACGAAUUCCAGGCCGUCACUUCGGAAGAAUUCCGACGAAGUGCCUUUGAAAAACAUCUCCGCAGGUUACGCGAGAAGGAUGAAGCCGAUCGUGCCUACCGACGUCACGAACGACCCUCUAUGGAAAGAGAGGUUUCGAGACGUGAAAGAGACCGAUCUCGUGGCGAACGUUCACAUCGCGGUGGCGGGCGUGGUGGUCGGCGCAGCCGUAGUCCGGAGCCCGACGCAUACGAGGCGGACCGGCGAAAGGCAAUUGCUGAGCGUGAGCGAAACCAUCGCAAGUCGACCAUGGCAGAGAACCUCUUAUCAACUGACCGUGGUCGUCUAUCGCCGCCGCCAUCACGCCGUGAGCGCGAUCGUGAACGCGACCGAGAUCGAGACCUUGACCGUCCCGCUCGUCCAAGGCGCGAUGACGACGCUUUCUAUGACCGCGAGCGUAGAGACCGGGAAGACGAGAGAGAGCGUCUCUACCGCCGUCGCGCUGAUCGAGGUUCGUAUGAUGAGCUCCCCUAUGGAGAUGAACGCCCAGCAGCCCCUCGACGCCGUCGACAAGAAGAGGAAGACGAUUACGCCCGUCGGGAUUCCAGGGAUUCAAAGAGACUCAGGAGAGAUCGAUCACGUGAGCGCACCCCCCCUCGUGAUGGACGUCAACGCAACAGGUCCCCAGAACCAGCCAAGGAUGUUCGAAGCGGCAGUGAAGAGGGUGAGAUUGAAGAAUAA